CUUCACACACCAUUGACAUGGUUGCCCUCUUCAUAUGCGGGAGCUGUCACACAGGCUUCUCCACCAGCACGCAUUUGCGUCGACAUGAGCAGUCGCACUUUCCCGGUCAAAGACAUGGUUGCUACUUUUGUGAUCGAUUGUACCCCCGAAAAGAUACUGCCCGACGUCAUGCCAAGGUAUGCGCGAAGAGACGUGGUCGGCCACUCCCACCAACACAGCGAAAGGGAAAACCGCGGAAAUCAUGUGAUCAGUGUGCUGACAAAAAGACCUCCUGCGAUGGAGAAUCGCCAUGUGGGAAUUGCAAAAGCAAUGCUAUCAAGUGUGGUUACAGCCGACUUCUGUUUCCCUUCCAGCAAGAGGCCACCAAACCGAAAGAGAAUCCGUCGCCACCAUCCAGGAAUUCUCCGGACAGGUUGCUGAAAGCUCGUAUACCAUUUUUGCUAAGAUAUUAUGAUGACAACAACACAGUUCUGGAUCUGAUCCCAGCACUUGAAGCUGGACGGCCCAAGGUUGAUCAUUCCUCCACUCCGUCCUCCCAUUUAGGCGAGACAGCUAGUGAGCAGUUGAAGGCCACAGAGGGCUUUUUGGAAGAACCCAGCUUGGACGAACCUCAUUUCAUGUGGAGCAGCAGCAUCGAGUCGGACAACUAUGUGAUAAACCACAGAGCCGAUAGUGUGCCAACCAAUCACCAACAAAGCGACAACCUUUCACUGCGCAUUCACGAGCUGGUGCAGAAUUUAAAACCCUUUGCCACAUGCACUAAGUCACAAGCCCAUUUGCGAAACGCUGUUGACCAAGACCUAUUUUCGGCGGCAAAUGUACGCCUUUUUGAACGUCUCUACGUGCAACGUCAUCACAGACAUUGCCCAAUUAUUCAUAUUCCAACCUUCCAAGCUGAAUCUGCUACGCUGCCUCUCCUUCUGGCCAUAUUUCUAGGAGGUUCAUUACACUCCUAUCCGAGAGAUACGUGUUCUCUAGCAGUAGAUUGCAUCGACAUGGCGGAGGCUUAUAUGUUCAGCUUGCCCAUCUUUAACACAGAAAUCAAACAUACUGCGAUCUCUGAGUUGCAGAUGCCGGAGAAUUAUGAUGUUCUGAAGGCAGUGGUCAUUCUACUACAGCUACAAAUUGGGCGCAACGAUCCUAAUAUUCGUCGAAGAGUGAGAUACCAGCGACUUCCACUGCUGGUAUAUGCUGCGCGAUCAAUCUCACUAUUCAGCUCGAGGCACGAUCGUGGCUCCACUACUUCAGAAGGCUGGAUCUGGGAUGCCCAGUUGGAGUCACGGUUGAGGACUGCUCACUUUAUCUUGCUGUUGGACUGCGAAUUUGUGACUUCUUUUCGAAUUCCUCCCAUGCUCGCGAUACUAGAGUCAAUCGGAGAUCUUCCUUGUAAAGAACUGACGUUCUCUCAAGGUCACCCGUCAUCAUUGGUAAAAGCCCCGCAUUCGCCUUCUCUUAUUGAAGUUAUAGAUCUCCUCAUGGACGGUGCUUGGGAUGGACCUAGUAAUCCAGUUUUCAGCCGCAUUGGGGUAUUUGGACUCUUUACUGUCAUAUCUGGGCUACAUCUAGUAAUGUUCUCGAUCUCUACAAGUUGGAUGAACCAGCCAAAUUUAGCCCCUUUGCAUCGGGCGUUGUCCAGAUGGAAGAUACUAUGGGACAGCUUGACCUCCCGAACUGGCAAUAAAGAAGAAAUGGAACUAGCUGGUUUUAUGGCCUGUGCGAAUGAAAUGUGGCUUGUUACCAAGGCCAUACUACGGACUGACUCUAAGGAGUACUACAGUCUAUCUGAUGGAAAAUCCCUGCAACCUUUCAACGAACUAUUUCCGAGCAUCAUCGAUAUGAAAGAUCAAUAAGAAUGGAAGUUCGACUUUUUUUACUUUGAUUCCAGCCUGAAGACAGCCAUGUUUACCAAAGCGUCUACCUUGCGUGCAUAUCCUGUGUGGAAUGAUGAUUGAUUGCUGCGUAAAGCGAUACCUGCGAGAUGAAUCUCGCACUACGCUCCGGGACUGAGAGUGAAAAGGACUGGCCUUGGGGUCAUUGAAGCAGAGAAGGAAAAUCACAAAACAAGCAGUUCACAAGCCACAUGCUCGGAGACAAGCUGCAAGACUCUUCAAAGUAACCAGAUGGAAAGGUCAGCAGAGAAUUAUAGCGUAAAUUUGACAUGUCUCGAGUAAUAGCGAACCAUUGGAAUUGACUAGAAACCUUUUUAAAUAUCUGGA